UUGUGGCGGCGCUCGAUGCCCGUUUUGGGCACGACGACGACGGGAGGAACAAAGGAGGAAGGGCCGGUACUGGAGGCUGAGCUCUGUCUUCUCCGCCGCUCCGGCGGCUGGGAGCUCAAGCGGCUGCCGGUGCUCCACGACAAGGGCAAGCGGCGGGAGCUGUCUUGUUGGGUGACCGAUGCGGCCGCCCCCGUCGGCGACAGAUUCCUCUGCUGGGUCGACUACUUCCGCGGGGUCAUCUUCUCCGACGUGUCGCGGGAGUCCCCCGAGCUGCGGUAUGUUUCUCUUCCCGUGAAGCCCGACCUCACCACGUACUACAGGGACGGACGCGGCGGGUCAAGCUACCGGAGUGUGUGCGCCACAGGCGGCGGCGGCAUGGUGAUGUUCGUCGAGGUCUUCCCCCGCGCGCUGCUGCGGCGGCGGCCCGGGGACCACCGACUGCGCGCGCUCCCACCACGCCUUCACCAUCACCAUGUGGACGCUUGACAUGAACGGCAUGACAUGGGACAAGGCCCGUGUGGUUUGACUCCGAGGAGCUCUGGUCCCUCCCAGGCUACGCCGGCGUCAUCCCGCGCGUCAAGCCGGAGUACCCCACGGUGAGCCUGGACGACCCCGACGUCCUCUGCUUAGUGGUGCACAAGAGAAAAUACCAUAGGGAGGACGUCGACGGUGACCGUUUGGUGCGCCUAAUCGAGGUCGACACGAGGCGGAUGGAGCUGCGGUCCGUCUCCCGCUACGGCUUCGAGUACCUUUACACCGGCAGCUUCCUCUCCUGUGCGGUCUCGCAGUAUUUUAACACCUUGUCCGUCCGUGGGACGCCGGCAAGCCAAGGACAGUGGCCCCGUGAAGAAAGAUGAUAUUCUUGGAGCGCCAAAGAAACCGACCUUGCGAGACCUCAAGAGAUGCCCGAAUUGGCACAUGUUGACAAGCUGAGAGUAUACAGCAUUCUUGGGUCCGACGAGAACCGUUUAAAGUUCACGUCUCUUUAUUCGGCCCUUCCGAUCAACAUGCGCAAGGAUUGUUGCCUCUUGAUCAAAAAUAUGUGCUAUCGUUCCAAUACGUGAUCGUUUGGAGGGAG